ACAGAGGAGGGUUGGCAGCUCAGACAGAACAAGGCACAAUGGCUAAUAACAGCAAGAAGACUGUCCUCAUAACCGGGUGCUCUUCGGGCAUCGGCCUCAAGAUUGCCGUCCAGCUGGCCAAGGACCCCGAGCAACGCUACCAUGUCUUCGCCACCAUGAGGGAUUUGCGGAAGAGUGGCAAGCUGGAGGAAGAAGCUGGACAGCAUCUCAAUAAAACACUGGAGAUCAGACAGCUGGAUGUGACCAGUGAAGACUCUGUGAAGAAGUGUCUGGCAGCCUUGCCUGGUCAGACGGUGGACAUUCUAGUGAACAACGCUGGUAUUGGACACAUUGGCCCCCUUGAAAGCCAUUCCAUGGAUGACAUGAGGAAGAUCUUUGAGACAAACUUUUUUGGGGUUGUGUACUUGGUCAGAGAGCUUCUACCAUCCAUGAAGAAGCGUGGAAGCGGCCAUAUUGUCGUGAUCAGCAGUGUUUUGGGGCUACAAGGUAUUGUAUUCAAUGACGUCUAUGCUGCCUCAAAGUUUGCAAUUGAAGGUUUCUGCGAAAGUCUGGCUGUUCAACUUUUAAAGUUUAAUAUCUUCAUUUCUAUGAUAGAGCCAGGCCCCGUCAACACAGAGUUUGAGAUGAAGCUGAUGGAGGAAGUAUCCAAGUCUGACUUUCCUGGAGCUGAUGCUGAAACUAUAAGAUACUUUAAAGAGGUCUACGUACCUGCUGCUCAUGAGAUCUUUAUUGCCUUGGGGCAGACACCAGAUGCUGUAGCAAAGGCCACAGUGAAAGUGAUAGGAAUGACACAACCAGUGUUCCGCCAUCAGACUAAUCCUCUGUAUACUCCACUCACUGCCAUGAAGUACGCUGACAACACCGGGAACUUGUCCGUCAGGUCCUACUACAACCUACUAUUCAAUUAUGGCUCAAUCUUCCACUUCAGCCUGAACCUUCUGAAAUGUAUCACCUGCAACUGCUUCCGCAGGAGGGUCAUGCCAGUCUGAAGCACAGGAGCAUCAAUGGUGAAGCUAGCUUGGACUUGGGCAGUGUCUUAUUUUUGGUCUUCCUAACAUGAGUGUGGGAAUUUCAGCACCAACAUUUUUCGCUCAAGAGUUGUUGGCACCAAAGCCUGAUUUUGUUGUCGAUCUGUAUUUGGCACUAAUUCUUACCCUGCAGAUAUUUGUCAUUGCAGUUAUCACACCCAAAAUCCUAAAAUGAAGUAGCCUACCCUGGCUGCAAAAAUUACUUUUAAAGCAAAAAAGUAUGACUUUCAUGAUGUUUUGGGCUGAUCUUCCUAUACUUAACAUAGCCUAACUGCCAAGCUAACCAUAAUGUUUCUGGCCAAAAUAGUGCCAGUCCUCAUCUCAACCUCUAACCCCUACAAUCAGUAUUAUUUUCAUUAUGACAUUCUCAUUGAAAUCUUAGCAUUACGGGGCGAAAAUACCUUACAUAAAAACAACCCAUGCCAUGACAUAUCACUGGUAAAACAUUGCCAGGGUGAUCAAAAGAUCAGCAUCAAAAUGUCAGUGGUAGCAUUUAUUACACCUGUGUGAUCUAAUAUGAAUGUGGCACCCCACCUCCUAACCACCAUGGUAGAGAGAUGGUGACUGCACACCAUCCUUGUGCAUGGAGAGGCUUCUGAGAACUCACAAUCUGAGCCAGUAUCAUAGGAAGUAGUAAAGAUUCCUGUUUGGGAAUACAGAUCAAAUAAUACAACUUGUGGAUUCUCAAACUGGGGAGAACCAAUGCCACAGAACAAAUGAAAUGCUAAUGUGUUGUAAAUAAUAUGUAGAAAUGAUGCAGCAAAUACCACAGCAGACUAGUGCAAACUCAAAAGGGAUACCUAGAAAUAAUAAUCACUAUACAUGAAACACAAAAAGCAAUGAAGGCCUCUUGAGCCCCCCUUAGGGAAAGAGAGCCUUGACUGUUGGGGGCAUGGCCAGGUACUGUACAAGGUGGUGGUCAUUUAAGGAUUGGUCAAUUUGGGGCAUUGGAUGGGAUGGGCCUGAGCUCGUGUAAAAGGAAUCGCCCCAGGGAAUUCUGGGUCUUUUGGAAACGUGCUGGGAAGAGCUGCCCACCCUCCCGCCCCUUUUUUCUUUGGUAUGUCGCAGCUUGCUGCGGUUUUCUUGACCUUGCCAGCAGAAAAUGGCUGUAAUGGGUCAUGCCCUUGUUGGAAAACUGGAAGUAGGCGGCCUGUCCAGCACUUAUGGUAAGGACAGGCCCCUCCCCCCUUUUUGGAAUUGUGUGCUCACAGUAAAACUGUGACUGGCACUGGUUAUGGAAUGUUCGAUGUUUAAAUGUUGAGUUUGCUUUAAAAAAGCUGUGGCCUUGCCCUUUCCAACUUAAAGGGGAGUUCCAGUCAGUUUUUAUGUU